GUAUAUGCGAAGUGUCAAGGCACAGAGUUAUUAAAAACCGAGAGGGAGAAGAAGGGUUUCUGAAGAAGAAUUUCCAAUGGGCAGCGGCGAAAUGGGUGUAGCUGAGAGCGGUGGCGCAUCACUUCCUUCAAUCGGCGCCGACGCAAUGAAGCGUCGCGUAACCUACUUCUACGAACCAAGCAUCGGUGAUUAUUACUACGGUCAAGGUCACCCAAUGAAACCCCAUCGUAUCCGCAUGGCACACAAUCUCAUCAUCCACUACUCUCUCCACCGUCGUAUGCAAAUUAACCGUCCUUUCGCCGCUGCGCCGGAAGAUAUCCGCCGGUUUCACUCUGAUGAUUACGUCGAGUUCCUCUCUUCCGUUUCGCCGGAGAUUGUUUCGGAUAAUUCACACUCUCAUUAUCGGCAGUUGAAGAGGUUUAACGUAGGUGAGGAUUGUCCUGUUUUCGACGGGCUUUUUCCGUUCUGCCAGGCUUCUGCUGGUGGAUCUAUUGGUGCUGCUGUUAGGCUUAAUCGUGGUGACGCUGAUAUUGCUAUUAAUUGGGCUGGUGGGUUGCAUCAUGCUAAGAAAGCUGAAGCUUCUGGGUUUUGUUAUGUUAAUGACAUUGUUCUUGGGAUUCUUGAGCUUCUCAAAGUUCAUAGGCGUGUUCUGUAUGUUGAUAUUGAUGUCCACCACGGAGAUGGCGUUGAGGAGGCAUUUUACACUACUGAUCGAGUGAUGACUGUGUCUUUUCAUAAGUUUGGUGAUUUCUUCCCUGGAACUGGGCAUAUUAAAGACACUGGUGUGGGCCCUGGGAAGGACUAUGCUCUAAAUGUUCCAUUGAAUGAUGGAAUGGAUGAUGAGAAUUUCCGUGCUCUGUUUCGUCCCAUUAUGCAAAAAGUCAUGGAUGUUUAUCAACCUGAUGCAGUUGUUCUUCAAUGUGGAGCUGAUUCUUUGUCCGGUGACAGGUUGGGUUGCUUCAACUUAUCUGUGAAGGGUCAUGCAGACUGCCUUCGUUUCCUUAGGUCUUUUAAUGUUCCUCUAAUGGUCUUGGGUGGGGGAGGAUACACUGUACGGAAUGUUGCUCGCUGUUGGUGUUAUGAGACAGCCGUAGCAGUAGGAGUGGAGCCUAGUAACAAGUUGCCAUAUAAUGAGUAUUAUGAAUAUUUUGGCCCAGACUAUACACUUCAUGUCGAACCAAACAACAUGGAGAACCUAAACACACCCAAGGAUAUGGAAAAAAUCAGGAACACUUUGCUUGAACAAAUUGCCAGACUUCCUCAUGCUCCCAGUGCUCCUUUUCAGACAACACCAUCAACCGCAGAAGUUCCUGAAGUGGAAGAAGAGGACAUGGAUAUAAGACCAAAACGUCAGUUGUGGAGUGGUGAAGAUUAUGAUUCUGAUCCCGAUGAAGAUGAGAAGGCCAAUAUAAGGAGCUCAAGUUUAACUUCUCAUAUGAGGCGCGCAGCAGAUAUGAUGGAAGAAGAUAAGCCAGAAGUUAAGCCUGGUGUGCAUCCGCCAUGCUAAUAGUGAUAGAACAGAGCUAGUUUUGUAAUACAAUGUGUUUUGGUUAGUGGGAAGCUCAUUAAUGUUUGAGCUAUGUGUUGCACAUUUUCUUCCUUGGUGAUAACUGUGUUUUGAAGUUUAUGUCUCUUGCUGUAGAUGUAUACUGUAGGAAGCAUUUUACAUGGGGAUGAUGACAUUGUGAUUUUGGUUUCUAGAAGUUCAUCACCCCAAAAAUAUACUUGGUGCUAUAAGUGAAUGAGUGAACUCGAGACAGAUGGUAAUUUCUUGAUCUACCAUCGUGCAUAUAGACACAGGGGUGCUUAAACUUUGUUUGAGUUGCUUUUUUGGCUUUUAGUAUGCUUGUGUUGUUUGUACCCUGUAGACAAAAAGGUACAGUCCUAAACAAUGAUUAGAAACUCUCUGGGCUUAUAUCGACAGAUAUUAUUUUUUGAAUAUUUCUUCGAUUA